AUGUUGAGUGAUCAUCGCAUACCAACAGUAUCGAUGAUUGUGUCUUUAGUUUCCAAUGAAUAUGAAAUUGAACUCAAACGCACUCAUACCAAUGACGAUAAUCAUAGUAUUGGCUCGAAUACAAGUUCUUCCCGUGGAAAGCAAACACGCGGUAUCGAACGAAUAUUACCAGAACAUCGAACUGAUUUGACAAUUAUCAACACGGCAAUAAUAUGGGUCAGUGCAAAUCUAAUUAUAACAUGUUUUGCUGGUGGUACACUUGGUCCAGCAGUAUUCAAAUUAAAUCUUUACGAUUCAUUUGCAACAAUUAUCUUUUUCAAUUUACUUGGUUUUAUUCCGGUAGCAGUAAUGGCUUGCUAUGGUCCAGCAUGUGGUCUACGUACAAUGAUCUUUUCUCGUUACAGUUAG